AUCGGGACUAUUCAUCAUCACGUUCCUGCAGCGGGAGCUCUCGGCAUGGCGGCCGCAUCCCCAUUUGCAGCUCACCGCCGCGGUGAUCACCGCGGCCCUGGCGCUGCGGAGGCACAUCCGCUUCUCACGCCAGCCAUGGCUCGUGACAUCGAGCGCGCGGCGACCUUCACCGACGGCGAGCUGGGCGAACGUCACCCAGCUGACCCACUCCAAGGCUGUGCUGACCCUUGGCGUGCUGCUGCGAGCACCGCUGCGGGCCCUGCAGCUGCUGCUCCUGGCGUUGGUCAACUCGAUCAUGGGCCAGGCGCGCAACCACAUGCGCGACGCGGGCGCUUUGCGCUCCGACAUGGGUGCGGCGCAGCGCUCGCUGGCCCAAGCUCGAGAUGCCGAGGACGGGGUUGUGGACCUCGCGCGGCUCGCCACGCGUGACGGACCCCCCGGCCCCGGCAUCUUCAGGAUCGGUUGUGCCCAGCCGACGGCCGACACGGAGAUCAAGAACGGCGUUGCGCAGUGGAUCCAG